AUGAAUUUGCCUGCAUUUGCUCGCGUCGCUGCGCUACUCACUCUCUACGGUCUCGAUCUCUUGGAUCUUCAUGCAAAACUUGCUUGGAUCGGAUCGUCAGAAUCGUUCUCGUUCGAUAUUGUUUAUGAGCACGGUUUCGAGUAUGAUCCCCUUCCAAGACCUGCCUUUCUAAAUACAAAUAAGUCACUACCAACAACUGAAUUGGGUACAGAACUACUUCGAGGAUCUGGCUGGACAUCUCUCUACGAACGAUGCCGCGACUUGUACGCAACCAAAGACAGCGAAGCGUUCGACGUGAUCAAAGCCACGGACUGCGAACUCAGACCACAUUUUUCGGCCGAGCGCCACGUUGCACUCGAGCUCAUUCUCUCCGCUACUUUGAGUGUGGAUUCGGUAGCGUGGGUAAGCUGUCAGCUUCUGUUCUUCCACCGACGACCACCACUCUGUCAAGAUAACGUCGUCACGCUAUUCGCUCAGCGAUAUCGAUUGGCUGAAGACGAAGUUCAUCCGGAUAAAAUGGCUCCUAUCAACUCGGUAGCAGAAGCAGAGCUGUUAAGAAUGCUACAUCUCCUAAGUCGCAGUCAUCCGCUGUCCAAUGUGAUAUGUGCGCAAGGGUUUGAAGCCACUGCAGGACCAGGACAUUACGAUGCCGACGUAUUCGUUUGUGGCAGCCCCAACGUGUUUGAAAGUGCAUUUAUUGGUGUGUUCGCGUCAAGUUUUGCCGAGUUGCACGCCGAUUUGGCGCAAUUGGCCGUGGACAAGGUGGAUAUUAUGGGGCUGGAGCUUUUAACGCGACAAAAUUCCCGAUCGCAGUUCGUCCUAAAGGAGAAAGAUGACGAUAUUGUUGUGAUGGAGGAGAACAAAACGAACUUCGCUACGUUUGGACAUCUCUACGUCGUUUUGGUCUUUGUGGACAUGACGCUGCUCCUUGUGCAUGUACGCGCCAUAUUCGACACUGUUCGAAUGUUCGGUUGGAAGAAAUUGGUUGGAUUUAAUGAUAGUGGCAACGAUGAGAGCGAUAACUUUAGUGACUCGAGGUGGCUGCUGCUGUAUCGUUCAUUGUAUCGCAGCGGCCCAAUAGCAGGACUAACGAUGGCAUCCGCUUUAAUCUCGUGGCUUGUAAACCUUCCGUUCGCACUGAUGUGGUGCAGAGCGUCGAAAGGACAAGUGUACGCACUUGUGUCUGCUGUGCGGGUGUGGAUGCUAGUACUCUGUUUGUUGAAUCUACUAUGGAGUGUGUUCGUACGAAUGCGUGAGGCUCGAGCAUAUAGCGUCGUCAAAGGCACUUUCGUGACUUCAUUGGAGAUACUCGCAGCUUCAGCGUUUGUUGUCUUCCUGAAAAUGGAUACACUUUUUGAUGUUGCUAUGCGCAGACGACAGCUUGAAGGCCAACAAGGACUCGAUAAUGAAUCUUUCCCAGGCCACACCGCACUCUGGAACGCGUAUAACCCUGAAGUUGACGGGUUUGCCACCACUCCGCCUCAAAUUGUGCAUGCACUUUUUGCUCCAUUGGCUGUUGUAGUCACCCAGAGUCUAGCGCUACUUGUGGUGGUGCUUGUAGCGAAAUAUGUCUACUAUCGUCGGCUACAGGCUCGUCAAGAGAGUGACGCUGCGAACGCAGUUGCAGUGGUAGAUUUUGACAAUAUCGACGAGCACUUGACCUGCCCCUCCACGGAUCAUCGCACCUCGAAGGCGCCUUUGAUAUCUCGUGGACAUGUCAAGAACUACAGUCGAUUACCGUUGGAAGAGUUGCUGCGGACGCCGGCACGAGCGAAUAGUUUGGUGCGUUGUCACUUCGAUAUCGACGUGGUGGAGGAUGACGGUCUUGCAUACAUGCCACCACACGUCUACUACGCCUUCGGUGUGUUAGUGACUGACGCUGGUUUCCUUCGUACCCGACGCGGGUUUCCCACUGUGAUUCAUCGUCGUAUCGAUGUCGAGAAAUUCUUCGCUCCUAGUGAAAAAUCGUCCACAGUCUCGCCGUCUCCUUUGAAACGUCAGCAACACCCUUCGACUAGGAUCAAAUUUGCAUUGAAAAAUGUCCCCACUACGGGAGAGGCUGAAUCGGAGAACCACAGCCCGUCACCUCCACGAACAUUAUCGGAAUUUAAAUCGAUGCCCAUGGCGAAAUCCAUGCGACGACGCAAGAGCAUGGAGGAACUACUCAAGAGUCCGUCAUCUUCGCCUUAG